CGCCGGCUCCACUUGGAGAGAAAAACCAGACGGCGGAAGACCGAGAGGAGAGAGGAGUUAAUACGGACGCCGGAGAACUUGAGGACAUUUCGUUGCGUGACUUUCUAUCCCCUGCGCCGAUUGGAAGUGACGAAGUUGGACGGUGAAGAUUUGGAUUUUGGACGCCACUGUCUCCACUUCAAGGUAUACAAAUGCUUUCCGUCCAGCCGGACACGAAGCCAAAAGGCUGUGCCGGCUGCAACCGGAAGAUCAAGGACCGCUACCUGCUGAAGGCCCUCGAUAAGUACUGGCACGAAGACUGCCUCAAGUGCGCCUGCUGCGACUGCAGGCUGGGCGAGGUGGGCUCCACGCUCUACACCAAAGCCAACCUCAUCCUCUGCCGGAGAGACUACUUACGGUUGUUUGGUGUGACGGGGAACUGUGCAGCCUGCAGCAAGCUAAUUCCAGCCUUCGAGAUGGUCAUGAGAGCCAAAGAGAACGUCUACCACCUAGACUGCUUCGCGUGCCAGCUCUGCAAUCAAAGGUUUUGUGUGGGAGACAAGUUCUUCCUGAAGAACAACAUGAUCCUGUGCCAGACUGACUACGAGGAGGGCCUGAUGAAAGAGGGCUACGCUCCCCAGGUCCGCUGACCCUCGUAAGAGGGGGGCGGGGGAACGAAAAGGAGAUGGAAGACAGGAGUGGGAGAAGACUGAUGGAAAGCUUGCAAUCACACAAGAAAAAGCACUAUUGCUUCCUGUCCAACUCCUGUCCCCCACGUGUACAUAAUGAAGCCUAACCUGGAAGGGGAGGUACUCUACUGUACAGAAUAGCCAUAGAGACUGCAGCAUAGCAGGCAGCGGCCCUGGAAUCGGUAAAAUAAGGUUUUGUUUGUUUGUGACUGACAAGUGCUGCCUCUUUCCUCUUGGCAAACAAAAACACUGGCCUCAGAAAAUCCCAAAGCAAGUUGUUGGACAGAUAUUUACAUACUUUCAUGUAUCACCUUUUACGACAAGGACUGUGAGGUCCAACUACUUGAAUCGAAAACACACAGAGGUAUUGUCAAUCAGUGUAUCUUUGGGAUAAACACCUUUUUACUGGAUGUUGUAAAGUGUAAACAGAGGAGCUUGAAAAAAAUAAUAAUUUAAUACUUGUGUGGGUGCGAGUGUGUGUGUGUGUCUGUGUGUGUGUGUGUGUGUGUGUGUGUGUGUGUGUGUGUGUGUGUAAAUCACUCUUCUUUUUUGAGGAGUUUUUUCUCAUGUAGUCUCGGUUUAGUCUGUUGAGUCUGAUCACAAAGAGUGUCGACCUCAACAUCAGUUUGAUCGGUAAUCACGUUUUUCAAUAUUCAUUAAUUCUGACAAUACGAUUGAUAUACAGUACUACUGUACAAAAGACUUAGGCAUUGUUGUGUAAAUUCUAAUUUUUACAAAACUGGAACAAUUUUGUAUGAGUGCUCACUUCGAUCUGCGCUACCUAGCCGCCUCUCGGGGCAGGAGAGGAGAGGUGGCAGUAAAACAGGCCAAAACCCAGAUGUCAAAGGCUAAGGGGACAAGAAAGAACUUAUAAAAUAUUGCCGAUGAUCUAGAACUAUGAUAUAAAUGGACUAGUCCACCUCCCAGAAUCAGAAUGGCACCAAGUAGCUUCAUGACAACAACAGCAAAAACUGAAAUCUGCCAUUUUUAAGGCCUUGGCGAACUCCAUAUUGAGUGACACUGUCGCAGUCAACUACAAGUCACCUAAGACUUCUGCACAAUAUUUUGAAUUUAGCAACCAAUACUAAUAUUGAUAAAUGGGACACAGCCUUAUGGACUAGAGUAGUGCAUUGUUUUUCAAAGUAUGGGAGAGCGAGGUACCCCUCAGUGAGCAAACUGUGGGCUACAAAUAUUCUUGUUAAAAUCCCAUUUUGCUAAAAUGGAUUUUUCCUUGAACAAAGCAUGUGUGGUCUUUAUUUUUCUCAAGCUGCUUGUGCCUCACACUUGGAAAACCACUGUACUAGACUUUUGAGCAAAGUCUUGAUUCCAUUCCUUAAAUUCCCAUCUACUUCUAGCAGUAUUUGAUCGCCUGGAUUUGGAGUCACAUUUAUUAAACUUUGCAUUGGGCAGCUGGGGAAAUACAUAAUGGAGUCUGGUUCUUGUAGUCGUUGUACAGGUGUAUGGAAUGAUGUUGGCGGGUUUGGUUAACUUUCUGUAUAUUAUUUAUUGAAGCAGUUCUUGUCCUAAAUUUGGCACGGUUCAACACGCAAAUACUUGAAUGCAAUCCGCUCCCUACUUGCGGCCUCAUCACCUUGACCUCCACGUCUUGCUGUGCUCACAUUUCAUUCUUGACUUCAAAAUGUCCUCUGUAAAAUGUGGGUGUACAUACAAAAAAUAAUAAUAAUAAUUCCUUUUGCUUGCCUGUUGUACAAUUCUUUCUUUUUAUGUGUCAUCCAGCAUGAGAUGUUUAUUUUUA